AUGGUGAUGAAGUCAUCGGUGGAGGAGGACGAUGCCGGCUGGGGCCUGGGCAUCCCUGAAAAGAUGAAAAACAAUGCCAACUGGGUGGAUAUCACCCAUGAUUUCAAGAGUUCUUGUAAAGAAUUAAACCUAGGAGAGUUGCUUCACGACAAGCUGUUCGGCUUGUUUGAGGCCAUGUCGGCCAUCGAGAUGAUGGAUCCCAAAAUGGACGCCGGGAUGAUUGGGAACCAAGUCAACAGGAAAGUGCUCAACUUUGAGCAAGCCAUCAAGGAAGACGCCAUCAAGGUAAAAGAUCUGAGCCUUCCUGAACUCAUCGGAAUCAUGGAUACGUGCUUCUGCUGUUUGAUCACAUGGCUAGAGGGCCACUCCCUUGCUCAGACGGUGUUCACCUGCCUUUACAUCCACAACCCCGACCUGAUCGAGGAGCCCGCCCUCAAGGCCUUCGCCCUGGGCAUCCUGAAAAUUUGUGACAUCGCUCGGGAGAAAGUUAACAAGGCGGCAGUAUUUGAGGAGGAGGACUUCCAGGCGAUGACUUAUGGUUUCAGGAUGGCCACCAAUGUCACAGACCUGCGCGUGACAGGCAUGCUGAAAGAUGUGGAGGAUGAGUUACAGAGGAAAGUCAAGAGCACACGGAGUCGUCAGGGCGAGCAGCGAGAUCCAGGAGUAGCUUUGGAGCAUCAGCAAUACUUGGCGUUGUUCAACCGCAUCAAGUUCACGCGCCUUCUCUUGUCGGCACUGAUCGCCUUCACCAAGAAAGAAACCAGCUCAGUGGGGGAGGCCCAGAAGCUUGUUGCCCAGGCAGCUGACCUCCUGUCAGCCAUUCAUUUGAGUGUGCAGCAUGGCAUCCAGUCGCAAAACGACACCACCAAAGGAGAUCACCCUAUCAUGAUGGGCUUCGAGCCACUGGUCAACCAGCGCUUGCUGCCGCCUACCUUCCCUCGGUAUGCCAAGAUCAUCAAGAGGGAGGACAUGGUGGCCUACUUCAGCAAGCUCAUCGAGCGCAUCAAGACCGUCUGUGACGUUAUUAACACCACCAACUUGCAUGGCAUUCUGGACUUCUUUUGCGAGUUCAGCGAGCAGUCGCCUUGCGUGCUCUCCAGAUCGCUACUUCAGACGACGUUCUUGAUUGACAACAAGAAAGUGUUUGGCACGCAUCUGAUGCAGGACAUGAUCAAAGACGCCCUCAGAUAUUUUGUCAGUCCGCCUGUUCUCUCAUACAAGUGCUGUUUAUUCAACAACCACCAAGCCAAAGACUACAUCGACUCUUUUGUUACACACUGUUCAAGGCCAUUCUGUAGCCUGAUCCAGAUCCAUGGACACAACCGAGCUCGGCAGCGAGACAAGCUGGGUCACAUUCUGGAAGAGUUUGCAACCUUGCAGGAUGAGGCGGAGAAAGUCGAUGCGGCCCUGCACAGCCUCCUGAGCAAAUACGAGCCUCAGCGACAGCACCUGGCCUGCCUGGGAACGUGGAUCCUCUACCACAACCUGAGGAUCAUGAUCCAAUACCUUCUCAGUGGCUUUGAAUUAGAGUUGUACAGCAUGCACGAGUACUACUACGUCUACUGGUAUCUGUCAGAGUUCCUCUACGCGUGGCUGAUGUCCACGCUGAGCAGAGCGGACGCAUCGCAAAUGGCUGAAGAGAGGAUCCUUGAGGAGCAGGUGAAAGGACGCAGCAGCAAAAAGAGCAAGAAGAAAAAGAAAGUUCGUCCUCUGAGCAAGGAGAUCAACAUGAGUCAAGCCUACCAGAACAUGUGUGCCGGCAUGUACAAGACAAUGGUGGCGCUGGACAUGGACGGCAAGGUGCGCAAGCCUCAAUUCGAACUGGACAGCGAGCAGGUUCGCUACGAGCACCGCUUCGCGCCCUUCAACAGUGUCGUCACCCCUCCGCCUGUACACUACAUACAGUUCAAGGAAAUGUCUGACCUAAAGAAGUACAAUCCUGCUCCGGGCUCAGCCGACCUCUACCUGGCAGCGAGUAAACACUUCCAGCAGGCCAAGUUCAUCCUGGAAAACAUGCCUAGCCCCGAUCCUGAGGUGAAUGGAAUCCUGAGAGUGGCCAAACCCAACUUUGUGGUGACCAAACUCUUGGCUGGAGGACACAAGAAGGAGACCAUGGUGUUGCCAGAGUUUGACUUCACAGCUCAUAAGUACUUUCCCGUGGUCAAGAUCAUGUGA